CCGCCGUCAGCUGACCGGCCGCCAUUUUGUCCGCCAUUUGCAAGCGGCGCGGAGCCGGAGGGGAGGGGAGCGCGGCCUGCUGAGCGGGUCCGCUGCCGCCGCCGCCCCGCCGACCGCCGCCGAACUGGCCUGGGAGACCGCCCCGCCGCGGCGGCUGGCAGCGCAGCGCUCCGCGGGCGGCAGACGCGGCCCCCCGGGCCCCCUCAGGGCGCCUGGCCGCGGGCCUCCCGGGGUUCGGGCCCGACGGCAGCAGCCGCGAUGGCCCUCAAGAUGGUCAAGGGCAGCAUCGACCGCAUGUUCGACAAGAAUCUGCAGGAUCUGGUGCGCGGCAUCCGCAACCACAAGGAGGACGAGAUACUGCGUUUAUCACGAAUGGAAGGUCUGUGGCGACCCUGCAGGGAGCACGCGUGUCGCCGCCAUUUUUCCAACAGCAUUUGCUCACUUCCUCUGUGUCACAUUUUGGCAAAAUAUAUCUCUCAGUGCAUUGAUGAAAUCAAGCAAGAGCUGAAGCAAGACAACAUUGCAGUGAAAGCAAAUGCGGUCUGCAAGCUGACCUACCUGCAGAUGCUAGGAUAUGACAUCAGCUGGGCCGCCUUCAACAUCAUAGAAGUGAUGAGCGCCUCCAAGUUCACAUUCAAGCGAAUCGGCUACCUCGCUGCUUCCCAGUGCUUUCACGAAGGGACCGACGUCAUCAUGCUGACCACCAACCAGAUCCGCAAGGACCUGAGCAGCCCCAGCCAGUACGACACUGGCGUUGCGCUGACUGGCCUGUCCUGUUUUGUUACCCCAGAUCUUGCCAGAGACUUGGCCAACGACAUCAUGACACUGAUGUCGCACACCAAGCCAUACAUCCGGAAGAAGGCUGUGCUGAUCAUGUACAAGGUGUUCCUGAAGUACCCUGAGUCUCUGCGCCCUGCCUUUCCCCGCCUGAAGGAGAAGCUGGAGGACCCUGAUCCCGGGGUCCAGUCGGCGGCAGUCAACGUCAUCUGUGAGCUGGCCAGACGUAACCCCAAGAACUACCUUUCUCUCGCUCCGCUCUUCUUCAAGCUCAUGACCUCCUCCACCAACAACUGGGUCCUCAUUAAGAUUAUCAAACUGUUUGGUGCUCUGACUCCCUUGGAGCCAAGGUUGGGUAAAAAGCUGAUUGAGCCUCUCACCAACCUGAUCCACAGCACGUCUGCCAUGUCCCUUCUGUACGAGUGUGUCAACACCGUCAUCGCAGUGCUCAUCUCGCUGUCGUCUGGCAUGCCCAACCAUAGUGCCAGCAUCCAGCUCUGUGUUCAGAAACUGAGGAUAUUAAUAGAAGACUCCGAUCAGAACUUGAAGUACCUGGGGCUCCUGGCCAUGUCCAAGAUCCUGAGGACACACCCCAAGUCCGUACAGGCACACAAGGAUCUUGUCCUGCAGUGCCUGGACGACAAGGACGAGUCCAUCCGGCUGCGGGCUCUCGACCUCCUGUACGGCAUGGUGUCCAAGAAGAACCUGAUGGAGAUUGUCAAGAAGCUGAUGACCCACGUGGACAAGGCCGAGGGCACGACCUACCGCGACGAGCUGCUCACCAAGAUCAUUGACAUCUGCAGCCAGUCCAACUACCAGCACAUCACCAACUUCGAGUGGUACAUCAGCAUCCUGGUGGAGCUGACCCGACUGGAGGGCACCCGCCACGGCCACCUCAUCGCCGCCCAGAUGCUGGAUGUGGCCAUCCGCGUGAAGGCCAUCCGCCGGUUUGCCGUGUCGCAGAUGUCCACGCUGCUUGACAGCGCCCACCUGGUGGCCAGCAGCACCCAGCGCAGCAGCAUCUGCGAGGUGCUCUACGCGGCCGCCUGGAUCUGCGGGGAGUUCUCCGAGCACCUACAGGAGCCCCAGCAGACCCUGGAGGCCAUGCUGCGGCCCAAAGUCACCACCCUGCCGGGCCACAUCCAAGCCGUGUAUGUGCAGAACGUGGUCAAGCUGUACGCAGCCAUCCUGCAGCAGAAAGAGCAGGCCGCGGACGCGCAGGCGGCCCAGGAGGUCACGCAGCUCCUAGUGGAGCGGCUGCCCCAGUUUGUGCAGAGCGCGGACCUGGAAGCCCAGGAGCGGGCAUCCUGCAUCUUGCAGCUGGUCAAACACGUCCAGAAGCUUCAGGCCAGGGAUGUGCCAGUGGCAGAAGAAGUGAGUGCGCUCUUUGCUGGGGAGCUGAACCCGGUGGCUCCCAAGGCACAGAAGAAGGUUCCGGUCCCCGAAGGCCUGGACCUGGACGCCUGGAUCAAUGAGCCGCUCUCGGACAGUGAGUCUGAGGAUGAGAAGCCCAAGGCCAUCUUCCACGACGAGGAGCCACGGCACGCCAAGCAGCGGCCGCCCGAGGCGGACGAGCAGGAACUGGCCCGGCGCCGCGAGGCCCGGAAGCAGGAGCAGGCCAACAACCCAUUCUACAUCAAGAGUUCCCCGUCCCCUCAAAAGCGGUACCAGGACGCGCCAGGUGUGGACCACAUUCCCGUGGUGCAGAUUGACCUCUCGGUGCCCUUGAAGGUGCCAGGGAUGCCCAUGUCAGACCAGUACGUGAAGCUGGAGGAAGAACGGCGGCACCGGCAGAGGCUGGAGAAGGACAAGAGAAAGAGGAAGAAGAGGGAGCGGGAGAGGCGGGGUGCCCGGCGCCACACCUCACUGCACACGGAGAGCGACGAGGACAUCACCCCCGCCCAGCGUGUGGACAUCGUCACCGAGGAGAUGCCCGAGAACGCCCUGCCCAGCGACGAGGACGACAAAGACCCCAACGACCCCUACAGGGCCCUGGACAUCGACUUGGACAAAGGGGGAGCGGCCUUGUCACGGGCCACGCCUCCUGUGACCACCCCCAGGCCCCUAGCCGACAGUGAGAAGCUGCCCGUCCAGAAACACAGAGAUACUGAGACUUCCAAGUCCCCGGAGAGACAGGACGUCACUGUCGUGGAAAAGAAGAGCAAGAAGCCCAAGAGGAAGGAGAAGAAGCAGAAGGAGAAAGAGCGAGAGAAGAAGAAGAAGAAAGAGGCGGAGAAGGGUGUGGACUUAGAUUUCUGGCUGUCCACCACGCCGCCUGCUGCCACCCCGGCCCCGCUGCCACCCGGCUUCCUGCAGGAGGAGCCUGGCGUGAACGCCGCGGUCACUGCCCCUAAGGAGGAGCGCAGGGGAGAGGAGCAGGACGCCGGCGAGGACGCGGAGCAGGACCUUGAGAAGCCUUCCGAGCAGAAGAAGAAGAAACACAAGAAGGACAAGGGGGAGCGCUCCAAAGACAAGAAGAGACCCAAGAAGAGGGCGCCUCCGAGGGAAGGGGACGCCGAGCCCGUGCAGAACGGCGCGCUCCGUGAGGAGCCCCUCCCGCCCAUGUCUAGCUACUCUCUCCUGGCUGAAAAUUCUUACAUCAAAAUGACGUACGACGUGCAGGGCAGCCUGCAGAAGGACAGCCAGGUCACGGUGUCCAUGGUCCUGGAGAACCAGAGCAGCAGCUUCCUCAAGAACAUGGAGCUCAACGUGCUGGACUCACUCAACGCCCGACUGGCCCGGCCAGAGGGCUCCUCGGUCCACGACGGUGUCCCCGUGCCUUUCCAGCUGCCCCCUGGCAUCUCCAACGAAGCCCAGUUUGUGUUCACCAUUCAGAGCAUCGUCACGGCGCAGAAGCUCAAAGGGACCCUCUCUUUCAUCGCCAAGAAUGACGAAGGUUCCACCCAUGAGAAGCUGGACUUCAAGCUACACUUCACCUGCACCUCGUACUUGGUCACCACGCCAUGCUACAGUGACGCAUUUGCCAAGUUGUUGGAGUCCGGGGACCUGAGCAUGAGCUCAGUCAAGGUUGAUGGCAUUAGUAUGUCCUUCCAGAACCUUCUGGCAAAGAUCUGUUUUCACCACCAUUUUUCCGUCGUGGAGCGGGUGGACUCCUGCGCCUCCAUGUACAGCCGUUCCAUCCAGGGCCACCACGUCUGCCUCCUGGUGAAGAAGGGUGAGAAGUCGGUGUCGGUGGAUGGGAAGUGCAGCGAUUCAACGCUGCUGAGCAACGUGCUGGAGGAGAUGAAGGAAACGCUGGCCAAAUGCUGAGCUUGCCGCCCGCCAUGGGGAGGGCUCGCGGGGAGGGCGGCCAAGUGCCGGGUUUCUCCUCUGUCGCAAGGACUGGGUGCAGCCGGGAGAUAACCCAGUCCACCGUCAUCCACUGUGUAGACACUGAGGUUUAUGUUGCGUUGAUUUAUCCUGUCAUCUUUUUUACUUCGCCCUCACUGCUCUCUCUGGCGAGAAGCCCCCUUCCACUCCCCAGGCCAGCAGGGACUUCUGUAGCCGGAGCGGACUGUGCACGUGGCCACAGGAGCUGCCCGAGGGUGGGGGUGACCGCCAUCCAGGCCGGUUCCUGGUGGGGACCAAACGGGGUGGUGCGUCCCGCUUCUGUCAAGCCAUCCAAGUCCCAUGAGUCCCCAGAUGCCCUGCCCACUGGCAGCUGGGGGGUGAAGAACAGGCUAGCUACUCAGGCGACAUUCCUGUUCAUCCCUGACGCCAAGGGUCACGUCCUCCCCGCAGGACACAUGGUGGGAGAGGGUCGUGCAGGCUCUCGUCCAUUACAUCCCGUUCAUCCCACCACCGUGUUCGUGUGUCCGCUGAGCGGGGGGUGCCCAGCGGGGAUCCCGGACCUCACUGGCUUCCGUGCCCAGUCAGGUGUUGGGGUGAGUGGUGGAGAGCUGCGACUCUGGCCCCUCUGCUCAUCACUGGACUCUCUGCAGGUCUGUGCCUGCACGUGCGGAAGGGCCUAGUCCUGGGCUCCGCAGCCCUGAUGGCGAAGCACGUGUGUCCAGGGGCGGCUGGGCCCCUGAAAUGCACCUCAGGGGCAGGGAGGGGGGACCCCAGCCCACCCCCGUGAGACGGAACUUUCCUCAGAAAUGACAGUCCUCGAUGACGUUUUAACUUUUCCUUUUGAUGAAAACUGUCACUUUAGCAUGUAGAGUAACCUAUUACAGAAUCCUGUGCAGUGAUUCUAGAAUCUCGAAAUGUAUGAUGUGUUAUAUAAGAAUUUAUUUGCUAUCGACAUUCCCGUAUAAAGGAGAGACAUAUCACGCUGCUGUAAUGAUUCUGUGUCAAGAUGAUCCAAUAAACUUGCAAAACAGA